UUUAGGAGAAAAUGGGGGUGGGUGGACGGGCGGAAGUCUUCCAAAAUAUCUGCGCUGUAACAGCUGCCCUUAGCCGCCCCUGCAAAAAACGAAGAUCAGACUUCACCGCAUGAGAUUUGAACUCAGAACAUCAACUAAAUAUUGAAAUGUGUUUCUCCUGCGCUCAACCGGUUCAGCCAAUCCGACCGCAAUACGUCACUCACGUGAUUACUCCCGCCAACAUGGCUGGCGACCCUUCUUUGUUCUGUAUCGAUGCUCAUUGUCAUCUGGCAGACUCGCAGUUUACCAAUGACAUUGAAUCAGUUAUAGAAAGGGCAUUAAAGGCAGGUGUGAAAUCUGCUCUUUGUGUGGCCAUUGGACAUUCAGACUUUGAGAAGAUAAUAUCUUUAAAUAAAAGAUUUCCAGAUUUCGUUGUUCCUUGUCUUGGAGUACAUCCAGUUCAGGAGGAAGAAGAUGGAACCAGUAAAUGUGUGACGAAUGAGGACUUGAAAGAUGCCAUUCCACUUAUUGAAAAAUAUCACGACAAGAUUGCUGCCAUUGGAGAGGUUGGCUUGGAUUUUACUCCUCGUUUCUGUAAAUCAAAGGAAGAUAGAGAGACACAGAGACAAAUUCUUGCUUCACAGGUUGAAAUUGCUAAGAAAUACAAUUUGCCAUUAAAUGUGCAUUCUCGGUCAGCUGGUCGACCCACCAUCAGCCUUUUGAAGGAACUUGGAGCUGAAAAUGUUCUUCUUCAUGCAUUUGAUGGACGCCCUUCCAUUGCAAUGGAAGGGGUUAAAGCUGGUUUUUAUUUCUCAAUUCCACCGUCGAUCGUCAGAAGUGAACAGAAGGAGAAAUUAGUGAAACAAUUACCUUUGGACUGCUUGCUUCUCGAAUCGGAUUCCCCAGCCCUUGCGCCUCAAAAACAGAUGAGAAACGAACCUCAAAAUAUCCAAAUAUCUGCUGAAUACAUUGCUAGAAUCAAAGGAACUGAUGUUAGUCAUGUCUGUGAGAUAACAACCCAAAAUGCCUUUAAAUUAUUCCCAAGACUAAAAAAUUUUCUUCAAAAAUUGUAAACAAUGUGUGAUAUAAAUAAAUAAUUAAAUUAUCUGAU